AUGAAGGCCAAGGAAAAAGAUGGUCAUGUUGAAGGUAGGGGAUGUGAGGAACAAGUGAAGGAUUUGUUUGACAAUGAAGAUAUUGAUGAUGACAGUCUGGUUGAUAUGAUGUGCACUUUUGAAGCUUCUCUUAGCCAACCAAAGGAUAAUUAUCAGAAAAGUGAUGGAUUCCAAGAUGCAAUGGAUGCUAUUAUUCAAAGUAUUCUUCAUGCUAAUGAUGACAAAGGUGUUGAGGAAGUUGAACCUGACCUGACAAAACAACUUGAUGAGGUUGAAGAUGCAAUGGAUGCUAUUCUUAAAGGUACAGAUGAAAAAAGUCAGUCUGAGAAUGAGGGUAAUCCUGAACCUAAAUUCACUGAAGGAAAUGCAAGUGAUGUUCUCCCAGAUAUGGUGAUGCUAGAUCUAGAAAGUGUAGCAGACCUACUUGGAGCAGGAUAUAGCAUGGCUGAAAUAGAGAGCUUGAGAGGGAUUAAAGUUGAAUUGGAUGAUAUGCCAGCAGUUGAGAUGGAUGUGAAUGAAGUUGAGGAUAUUCCAUAUGUUGAUGGUGGAAAUGAGGGUCAUGGUGAAGGUGAUGAUGCUGAUGAAGUAGCAGGUGAGGGUGAUGGUGAGGUUGAUGGUGAUGGUGUUGGUGAGGGUGAUGGAGAGGGUAAUGGUGUUGGUGCUGGUGAGGAUGAUGCAACAGAUAUGGAGGGAAAUGAUGCUGAUGAUGAAGGUUAUGUACCACCUAGAAGGACAAGAAAGCCCUCAGAAAGGAUCAUCCUGCAAAAGCUGAAGAAACCUUGUUUUGACAAAGAUGGAAGGGGUUCCACAUCUAGCUAUCCAGUAGAUUUGGAGUAG